CCACUAACGUUACUACGGCCUAUAGUUGAGCCAGUGGUGCCUAAUUCUUUGCCUGUGUAGCAGGAACAGGAACGUUCCGAUACGUUUCUAUCUACUACAUUGGAAUCAGUUGCUUGUGAUUUCACUAAUUACUCAGAUUAGGAAUAUGGAUAAUGCUUAGUAUCGUGUGUAUGCGUAUAUAAUGUUUGUUCGUUUAAGUGAAGAGAAGCAGGUUGACAUAAUAACUGUUGUUUCGUGCAAGGAAAAGGUAGAACAAACAGACAGGAACAAUAGUGAGAAAGAACAAACGUAAGGCAUUUUAUUUGCCCCCUUUAAAAAACGCCUUCCUGAAAACCCGAAGUGUUAUUUGUUAACGGGACAGAGUAUGCAAUAUUUAUUUAGGGACUUAGGCUGUGGAGUUGGGUUCUAAUUUUUGGAACCACUAAUCCCACAGAUUGCCAUUCCACUGUUUGAUGAGCUUGUGUUCCAUUGGACAGGUCAGAUUGUUGGAGUUGGAAUACGAAACUUGCCUUACUUAAUAAUUACAAGCACUGGCGUCCCUUUUGUGUUCCCUCUCAGAGAGCUGAAGUCAACAACAUGAAUCUCACCGUAGACGAGGAAUUCCUAAAGCUGAGCUUCCGAGAAAAAUGGGCACGGCAUCGAGAGGACCAGAAAACCCAAGGCAUCAUGUUCCAUGCUGAUUGGCUCAACCGAUGGGUCCCUAUCUAUUGGUUUUUUGUCUUGUCCGGGGGCGUUGGGUGGCUGUCUUUUGCGACAAUUCCCGCUCAUCACAGCAGAGAACCCUUCUGGUUAUUUGCGAAUGAGGUGUUUAUCUGGUUUCUCUUCAUUCAAAUCAUGAUCAACUGGACGCUUGUAAGGACAACCAGCUCUCGCUAUGAGCCACAUAUCCACAGCAAAAUGACGUCAACAGACACAACGCCACUGAGAUCAGGAUCUGACGUCAGAGACAAGGCCUCUAGUAGUGACGUCACACAAGCGGAGACGAUAACUAUUAGCUUGGACAACAACAACGAUGCUGAGGGUGUCGACAACAGCAGCAGCAACGAUUUAGAUAAUGACGAAGUUGAUGCUGAGCCCACGAAUGAAACAUUCAAAAUGCUGGUAGCUACAGCAGUGAAUGAAGGGCGUGUUGAGAGAAAGUCGUUCCCUUAUUGGUCUUGGGUACCGUGUCUGAUGUGUCAGAGGCCACGCCCCCCUCGCUGUCACCACUGUACCGUAUGCAAAGAGUGUGUCCUCAAAAGAGAUCACCAUUGCUACUUCACGCGGACGUGCAUCGGCGUCAACAACCAGCGCUAUUUUUUGUUUUACUUAUUUUGGGCCGUACAAAUUGCAAGCCAUGCGUUCCUGGAGCUCAUUCCGUAUUAUUUGAGACGUGUCCUCCCCGAGACAUCCGUAUGGGAUCUAUUCCUGCCAUUUAAUGUUUAUCACCUGCUUACAGGCCAGCUCUCACUCACCAAUCUCUACUUUAUCGCCAUUUUCUGGGGCGUGGCUUGCAUUGCUCCUGUGACCAUUGGUAUGUUCUCCAUGACUUUGUUCCUCAGUCUCCGAGGUCUGACCAAGUUUGAAUUUGAUCAUGGGAUUAAGGUGAAGGACACGAGGUCGAUCCCGGCCCGACUCAGGUCUGUCCUGGGCAGGAACUGGGGUCUAGCUUUAUUGUCGCCGCUCACCCACUCCUCCCCAUUGUCCGAAGACGCCGUUAAUUGGCCUUAUAUUAAAGUCUUAUGAAAAUAAUCAAAACGCUUUUCGCGUAAUCGUCCGUUUACUUGUUUCUUUAGUAAAAAGUCGCACACCUACUUUCUUUCUCCUUUUUUUACGGGGAAAUAUUAGGGGGGGAGGGGUGAGAGGGUGGAAGUGUUGCUGUCUAAUUUUUAGGCGGUUUUUUUCAGGGAGGGUUGGAAUAUUUUUCCAAAGGCUUGUAAUAUGUUUUUAUGUUGUAGUAGGUUCCGCGAACCUCUCUCU